AGGGCUUAACAUGGUCUGGCAAAGACUAGAAGAGUGCUAUGGUACACCCGAAGUGAUCGAGAAUGCACUGUUGAAGAAAAUUGAUGAAUUUCCAAAACUGUCUAACAAAGACAAUCACAAACUAAGAGAACUGGGUGACAUUCUUCUCGAACUGGAGUGUGCUAAAGAAGAAGGGUACCUUCCAGGCCUCGCUUAUCUGGACACAUCUCGUGGGGUAAACCCUAUAGUAGAGAAACUUCCAUUCAGUUUACAAGAGAAAUGGAUAGCACAGGGAUCCAAAUACAAGGAGGACUAUCGGGUAGCAUUCCCACCAUUCUCGUUUUUCUCGAGAUUCAUCAGGAACCAGGCGAAAAUUAGAAACGACCCCAGUUUCACCCUCUACACCUCAACUACCCAGGUGUCUGUGAAAAGUGAGAAACCUGUCAGGUACAGCAGCAAGACACCUGUGACUGUACACAAAACAGACGUGUCAUCUGAGCCCUCAGACCACCAAACCAAACCCAGUAAGACAAAGGUUGAAAGCCCUGACCAUCACUGUCCAAUACAUAACAAGCCUCAUCCUCUUAAAAAGUGUCGCGGGUUUAGAUACAAAACUCUAGAUGAGCGCAAAUCAUAUCUCAAAGAGAAUGGCAUUUGUUUCCGAUGUUGUGGGUCAACUCAGCACAGAGCUAAAGACUGUAAGGUGUCAAUCAAGUGCUCCGAGUGUGACAGCGACAGACAUCUUGCUGCUCUGCAUCCAGGUCCAGCUCCUUCAACGAUAGACACCGCUACAGCAGAGAAAGAGCAUGGCGGGGAGCAAGGUGAAGAUGCUCUUCUAUCAGUCACCUCAAAGUGUACCGAGAUCUGUGGUGAGGCAGCCAAUCCAAGAUCAUGUUCAAAAAUAUGCCUAGUCAAAGCUUAUCCAGCUGGGAAAAGAGAGAAAGCUGUAAAAAUGUAUGCAGUGCUUGAUGAACAGAGCAACAAAUCUCUGGCCAAGACAGAGUUUUUCAAUCUCUUCAACAUCAAUGACAACUCUGCUCCAUACACCAUGAAGACCUGUUCUGGGGUAGCAGAGACUUCAGGCAGGAGAGCCAUCAACUUCAUGGUGGAGUCUAUAGACGGACACAAGCAGCUCACUCUCCCUACUCUGAUUGAGUGUGACAUGAUGCCAGACAAUAGAAUGGAGAUUCCCUCCCCAGACAUUGCGCAUCAUCAUCCCCAUCUGCAACCAGUGGCGGACAAAAUUCCAGCUGUGGACCCAGACGCUCCCAUCCUCCUGCUCUUAGGACGAGACAUCUUAAGGGUACACAAGGUACGAGAACAAAUCAAUGGGCCCCACGACACUCCUUAUGCACAGCGACUCGACCUCGGAAGAGAGCUGCACAUCUUCUCGGAUGCCUCUACAGUAGCCAUAGGAGCGGUAGCCUAUCUGAGAGUUAUUGACUCGGAAGGUCAAUGCCAUGUUGGAUUUGUCAUGGGGAAAUCUAAAUUGGCCCCUCGACCGGCCCACACUAUCCCACGCCUAGAACUGUGUGCGGCUGUGUUAGCUGUUGAGAUGUAUGAACUGAUCAGAGACGAAAUAGACAUUGAUGUAAACGCAGCCAAGUUCUACACAGACAAGCCUGACGCAGACGCAGAGAUUCGGCCAAACGUCACUGCCUUCGUCACUAAGGUUUCUGGAGCUCAAUUCGGCUCUCAUCGCUUUGAGAGGUUCUCGAACUGGAAAGCUCUCAAUCGAGCCACAGCACGACUCAUUCAUGUUGCCAGAUCCUUUCACGAAAGUGCAGACGACAACAACUGCAGAGGCUGGCAUCAGUGUAAAAACCAUGCAGUACAA